AUGGCGACGCGCAAUCUACUCUCCGGCCCCAUCACUUUAUCUUCUGCUACAGGUCGAAGCGCUAACGUUCUUCACGCUUUACAAUACCCACUACGUAAGCUAGCCUUCUACAGCUAUAUAGAAGGACAUCGCGCUCUUCUAGCAGAGGUAAUAGCACACCAUCUGGGUAUUAAGCCAACCGACGUUGAUAUUUCACCACAAGAAUGGUGGCGACAUGGAUCCUUCAAUCUUUGCGUACCACUUAAGGUCAAUGUCAACUCUACGCAGUCAAACGUCCCAGAAUUUGCUUUUAUUCGCUUUCCCCUGCCCUACCGCGUUGGGGAAGUAACAAACCCCGGUAACUCAGAUGAAAAGCUUAACUGUGAGGCGGCGACGUAUGCAUGGCUCGAGGAGAACUGUCCCUCUGUUCCUAUACCAAAGCUUUAUGGUUUUGGCUUAUCUACAAAUCAAAGGUUCACGAAUGCCAGCCUCCUUCCCUGGUGGUCGCGCUGGUUUCACAAAGCUCGACGCUUUUUCCUAGCGACCUUUGGCCUCCAGCAACCUUCACAAUAUGUCUGCCACGCUUCGAGCCGUUUCGCAGACCUUAAUAUCGGUUAUCUGCUUAUCGAAACAAUCACUUCGGGGGAGAUGCUGUCAGAAUCCUGGGAUGAGAAGCGCGAUGCUGCCCGUCUACAAAAUCUACAAGGAGACCUAGCGAGAGUAAUGGUCUCGCUUGCGCGUGUUCGCCUGCCCCGUAUCGGACUCUUCCGCCUAGACAGUAACGGGUAUUUACGCUUAGACAAUCGUCCUAUGAGUGUUCAAACUACUAUGCACGAGAAUGAAGGGCUCUCCCUACACAUGUCGCGGCGUACAACAUUCUCUAGCGUCAAAGAUUUCGUCCUUUCUCAGAUAGCGGCCUUUGAAACCCGAUUUAUUGAGCAGCCGAACGUAAUAGCUAGCCAUGAGGAUGCUUGGUACCAGAUGACUAGCCUAGCUGCCGCCAAGCUUACGAUCCCGCAACUAUUUCGAGACGACCUCUGUAAUGGCCCUUUUGUGUUUUCCUUGACUGAUCUUCAUCGAAGUAACAUAUUUGUUGACGAGAACUGGAAUAUUACCUGCAUUAUUGACCUGGAAUUCGCCUGCUCAUGGCCGGUUGAAUUUCUACAAACCCCGUAUUGGCUGGGCGGUGGACUCAUCGACGAAGUCACCUCUGCCGAGCUUGCGCCCAUACACGCAGAGUUCAUGGAGCAUAUCAGACGUGAAGAGAAACUACAGCAGUGCAGAGACCCAGACACAGAGCCAGUCUCAUCCAUCAUGCAGCAGUCAUGGGCCGACGGCACAUUUUGGGUCCCCUUGGCACUAAGGGAUCCGGUGUCUUUUACAGAAAUCUUUUAUAAGCGUAUCCUGAAAGGCUAUUUUGAAUUUCCUGAUGAAGAACUUGACAAUGGCGCAUACUUAAGAUUCUGUUCCCGUUUUUUCCGCCGCAAUUCAUCUAGCAUUAUCGACCGCAAGCUAGACGAUCGAGACAGGUACAUGGAGAGCCUUACGGAAGCCUUUACCGAUACCGCAGCGCGGUCAUCUUGA